GUGCGCCACGCCAGCCAUCGUCAGAGGACCCCAGCUCCUCAGCUUGCAUGGACCCUGCCUUCCCAGCGCUUGUCCCCCGAGGAAGGCGGCCGGGCGGGCGGGGAGCUGGGCCUGGAGGAUCCUGGAGUCUCAUUAAAUGCCUGAUUGUGAACCAUGUCCACCAGUAUCUGGGGUGGGCACGUGUUCGGGGACCCUCAGCAUCAGGGGCUCUGUCUCCCUUCCUAAAGGGCAAGAACCACAUUGGACGGUCCCGGCUCAGACCGUCUGUACUCAAAGCGAUGGACGCCCCCUGGGACCCUCACUGCCUCCAUCUGUUCAUCACCUGCCCACCGGCGCCGCUUGCUCUUCCUGGAAUUGCCCACGUCUGCACGGAACAGACACCAGACACCAGGGCUGAUUGCUGGGGGCCUCAGACCCCCGGCUGCCCGUUCACGGCUACAGUCCCACCAUGUCAAACGCAAGACCAGACCCAAGGCCAGACCAAGACGUGUAGGCCUGGGCAGUUGGCUCAGGGCCACUGGCGGAACCGGCCUGUGGAUCCAGGAGACAGUCCCCGCCUGGGCUUCACAGUGUCCUUGCAGCCACCUCUGCUGUCACCGCUCGAAGUAGCAGUCUCUGGAUGCAUCUGUGUCACGGCCAUCACCUGGCAGGCCGUGGGCUUCAGACAGGCCUGUGCAUCCUGGCCGAGCAUCACCCUCACACCGGAGGAGGUCGUCUGCUCUGGACUCGUCACCCCAGGAGAACUGAACACGGGCCUGCUCACUGCCCUGGCUGGAGAGGAGCACAACAGAUGCCACGUCUUCGUGCAUUCUUCAACACGUGCCCUCACCGGGCCAGCGUCCCCCUUCCCCGCACAAGACUUGCAUCCCCCGUGCCUGCUGGGUGGCUGGGUCCUGUGGAGGCCAGCGGCGGUGUGGCCCCCGCCCCCAGGCUGCCCGUGUCUUCGCCUGUCCUGUCCACCAGCGCCAGCGGCCGUGGGGAAGCCAAGGAGACCCAAGGGGUCCAGGAGGUGGGCGCCCUCCGUCCUUCCAGAAGCUUCCCGGGCUCCUCUGUUCCUCUGUCUCAUGCUCCCAGGCCGCACAGCAGGCGGGGAGGGAGGCAAGGCUGGGAAGUGGGGCCUGAGCUGAGCACUGCCUGCCCCCCCACCCCUUCCCAUUUCAUUGGUGGAGACGUGGAAAGGGUGGGGCGGGCUGGAGUUGGAGGGUCCCGCCUGCCACCCUGCUGUGCUUGGGAACCCCCACUCCCCACAUCCCAAUAGCCUGGUGUCCCCAGUGGGGUUGGUGUGCAUGUGUACAUAUGUAUUUGUGACUUUUCUUUGGAUUUGUUUUGUGUUUUUGUUGAGCAGUCCUGGAAAUGUUUGAGGCUAGACGGGGAGGGGCCGGGACCCACCCACUGCUCCUAGGGGACGGGGUCCUGGUUUUAAAGCCCCGUCAUUUCAAGCGGGUCGAUCUUCCACAUUCGCUGGAGUCUCCCCACCUCUGUCCGGGCAGAUGCAGACUCCUUGCCGCCCGCCCACGCAGGGGGAGCCGGUGCACGUGGCAAUGUGGAUUUUCCGUGGUCAAGGUCUUACUGUUUCAGGUUUUUUAAAUAGGAAAACUAACCCUGCCUUCGCCUGUGCCCGCCUUGCCCACAGCAGCCCCUGCAGUUGCCAAAGAGCCGCCUUGUCACUGUGGGCCUCAGGGCUUGGCCAGCUCAGGGCACAGCCCACGUGGGCCUCCAAGGCUCCUCCUGGGACCGGGAACCGCCGCAGGGCCAGAGGGAUGGUGCGAGAUUUGUGUUGGGGCUGGUUCUGCCCAUGCUAGGGGGGCGGGGGACCUCUCAGGACAGAUCAGCCGUCUUUCUCAUGUAAUGCAGUGACGCUGUCAUUAAACACGUGGAUUCA